AUGAAGGAGCAAGAAAAGAAAAAGAAAAAGGGCUCCUCGCUCAAGCAGCAGCUCAGGGGGGUUGAGCGGCUUCUGAAGCGAGACCUGACGCCAGAAGCGCGGGCUGCGCAUGAGAAGAAGUUGAAAGAGAUUAAGAACAGCAUGGAGAAUAAGAAGAAACAGGAGCUGGAAAGGAAAUACAGCAAGAAAUAUCACAUGGUCAAAUUCUUCGAGAAGAAGAAAGUAACUAGAGCUAUGAAGAAAGUUGAGCGGCAACUCAAGGAGGAGGAAGACGAAGAAGCAAUCAAGAAGUUGCGCGAGGAGGAAGAGCAGUUGCGGCAAGACUUAGAUUACAUCGUCCACUUUCCAAACGACAUGAAGUAUGUUUCUCUUUUCAAGACAGCCGAUAAGGAGAAGGUGGAGAAAAUGAGGGUAGUUGUGAGAGAACGGAGGGAACAGGCUAUCAGAAAGUCGAUGGAGGAACCGAAGAGUGAGGAUGAAGCGGACAAUGAUGAAGAAGAACAAGACGAUUUCUUCAUGAAUGUUGAAGAUGACGAGAACAAAGCUUCUGAUGAGAACCAAGAAGCUGGUGGGGGUGAAGAUACAGAACACAAGCAAGGAAAGAAGAAGGACAAGAGGUUACCUGAUCGAAACAGGAAGAAAAAGAAGAGCAAAGAUUGA